UCGGGGCAGCAGCCUCCGCGGCCGCCCGCCUCCCCGGAUGAGCCGUCGGUGGCAGCAUCGUCGGUGGGCAGCAGCCGCCUGCCACUCAGCGCCUCGCUCGCCUUCUCCGACCUCACCGAGGAGAUGCUGGACUGCGGGACCGGCGGCUUGGUGCGGGAGCUGGAAGAGCUGCGUUCCGAGAACGACUAUCUCAAGGACGAGAUUGAGGAGCUGCGGGCUGAGAUGCUGGAGAUGCGGGAUGUCUACAUGGAGGAAGAUGUGUACCAGCUACAGGAGCUCCGGCAGCAGCUGGACCAAGCCAGCAAGACCUGUCGCAUCCUGCAGUACCGACUGCGUAAAGCCGAGCGCCGCAGCCUCCGCGCGGCCCAGACAGGCCAGGUGGAUGGUGAGCUCAUCCGUGGUCUGGAGCAGGAUGUCAAGGUCUCUAAGGACAUCUCCAUGCGGCUUCAUAAGGAGCUGGAGGUGGUGGAGAAGAAGCGGAUGAGGCUGGAGGAGGAGAACGAGGGCCUUCGGCAGAGGCUCAUCGAGACGGAGCUGGCCAAGCAGGUGCUGCAAACGGAGCUGGAUCGUCCCAGAGAGCACUCCUUGAAGAAAAGAGGAACCCGAUCUCUGGGGAAGACGGACAAGAAGCCCACUGCACAGGAGGACAGCGCAGACCUGAAAUGCCAGCUGCAUUUCGCAAAGGAGGAGUCGGCCCUCAUGUGCAAGAAGCUCACCAAGCUGGCCAAGGAGAACGACAGCAUGAAGGAGGAGCUGCUCAAAUACCGCUCCUUGUAUGGAGACCUGGACGCAGCCCUGUCCGCGGAGGAGCUGGCGGAUGCUCCGCACUCCCGCGAGACAGAGCUGAAGGUGCACCUGAAGCUGGUGGAGGAGGAGGCCAACUUGCUGAGCCGGCGCAUCGUGGAGCUGGAGGUGGAGAACCGGGGCCUCCGGGCCGAGAUGGACGACAUGAAGGACCACGGGGGUGGCGGGGGCCCCGAGGCCCGGUUGGCCUUCUCGGCUCUGGGUGGUGAAUGCGGGGAGAGCCUGGCUGAGUUGCGGCGCCACCUGCAGUUCGUGGAAGAGGAGGCUGAGCUGCUGAGGCGCUCUUCCGCUGAGCUGGAGGACCAGAACAAGUUGCUGCUGAACGAGCUGGCCAAAUACCGCUCCGAGCACGAGCUGGAUGUGACUCUGUCCGAGGACAGCUGCUCGGUGCUCAGCGAGCCCUCGCAGGAGGAGCUGGCGGCCGCCAAACUGCAGAUCGGCGAGCUCAGCGGCAAGGUCAAGAAGCUGCAGUAUGAGAACCGCGUGCUCCUCUCCAACCUGCAGCGCUGCGACCUGGCCUCUUGCCAGAGCACACGCCCCAUGCUGGAGACGGACGCCGAGGCUGGGGACUCUGCGCAGUGCGUGCCCGCUCCCCUGGGCGAGGCGCUGGAGCCCCACACUGCUCGGCUCUGCAGGGCCCGCGAGGCCGAGGCGCUGCCCGGGCUGCGGGAGCAGGCCGCCCUGGUCAGCAAGGCCAUCGACGUCCUGGUGGCUGAUGCCAAUGGCUUCUCGGUUGGCCUCCGGCUGUGCCUGGACAAUGAGUGUGCAGACUUGCGGUUGCACGAGGCACCUGAUAACAGUGAGGGACCCAGGGAUGCCAAGCUCAUCCAUGCUAUCCUGGUGCGGCUGAGCGUGCUGCAGCAGGAAUUGAACACUUUCACGCGCAAGGUGGAUGUGGCCUUGGGUAGCUCUGGCAAGGAGCAACCUGAGCCCUUCCCUGCGCUACCCGCCUUGGGCUCCCAGGGGUCCUCUAAGGAGAUCAUGCUGGCCAAAGACCUUGGCUCUGACUUCCAGCCAUCUGACUUCAGAGAGCUGCUGGAAUGGGAGCCCAGGAUCCGGGAGGCCUUCCGUGCUGGUGACUUGGACUCCAAGCCUGACCCUAGUCGGAACUUCCGGCCUUAUCGAGCUGAAGAUAAUGAUUCCUAUGCCUCUGAGAUCAAAGAGCUUCAGCUGGUCCUGGCGGAGGCCCACGACAGCCUCCGGGGCUUGCAGGAGCAGCUGUCCCAGGAGCGGCAGCUCCGGAAGGAGGAGGCAGACAGCUUCAACCAGAAGGUGGUCCAGCUAAAAGAAGACCAGCAGAGGGCGCUGCUGAGGCGGGAGUUCGAGCUCCAGAGUCUGAGCCUCCAAAGGAGGCUGGAGCAGAAAUUCUGGAGCCAGGAGAAGAACAUCCUGGUGCAGGAGUCCCAGCAGUUCAAGCACAACUUCCUGCUGCUCUUCAUGAAGCUCAGGUGGUUCCUGAAGCGCUGGCGGCAGGGCAAGGUCCUGCCCCACGAGGAGGAUGACUUCCUGGAGGUAAACAGCAUGAAGGAGCUGUACCUGCUCAUGGAGGAAGAAGAGAUGAACGCCCAACACUCGGAUAACAAGGCCUGCACAGGGGACAGCUGGACCCAGAACACGCCUAAUGAGUACAUCAAGACCCUGGCUGACAUGAAGGUCACACUGAAGGAGCUGUGCUGGCUGCUCCGGGACGAGCGUCGCGGUCUGACUGAGCUUCAGCAGCAGUUUGCAAAGGCUAAGGCCACAUGGGAGACGGAGCGGGCAGAGCUCAAGGGCCAUGCGUCACAGAUGGAGCUGAAGGCUGGGAAGGGUGCCGGCGAGCGGCCCGGGCCCGACUGGAAGGCUGCGUUGCAGCGGGAGCGGGAAGAGCAGCAGCACCUCCUGGCCGAGUCCUACAGCGCCGUCAUGGAGCUGACGCGGCAGCUGCAGAUCAGCGAGCGCCACUGGAGCCAGGAGAAGCUGCAGCUGGUGGAGCGGCUGCAGGGCGAGAAGCAGCAGGUGGAGCAGCAGGUGAAGGAGCUGCAGAACCGCCUCAGUCAGUUGCAGAAGGCUGCUGAACCCUGGGUCCUGAAGCACUCAGACCUGGAAAAGCAGGACAACAACUGGAAAGAGACACGAAGUGAGAAGAUCCACGACAAGGAGGGUGUUUCUGAAGCUGAACUUGGGGGAACCGGCUUAAAGAGGACCAAAUCGGUUUCCUCCAUGUCUGAGUUUGAAAGUUUGCUUGACUGCUCCCCCUACCAUGCUGGUGGAGAUGCCCGGAACAAGAAGCUGCCCAACAGCCCCCCUUUUGCCUUUGUGAGUACUGAGCCAGUGGAGGCCGAGAAAGAUGCCAAGGAAAAGCCUGGGCUUUCCACCCGGGACUGCGGCCGCAUGGGUUCCCUGGCUUGCCAGGAGCCUGCAGGGAGGCAGAUGCAGCGCAGCUACACUGCUCCAGACAAGACGGGCAUACGAGUCUACUAUAGUCCCCCGGUGGCCCGGCGCCUGGGUGUCCCUGUGGUCCAUGACAAGGAGGGCAAGAUCCUCAUUGAACCGGGCUUCCUCUUCACCACAGCCAAGCCCAAGGAGUCAGCCGAGGCGGAUGGGCUGGCUGAGAGCUCCUACAGCCGGUGGCUUUGCAACUUCUCCCGGCAGCGACUGGAUGGAGGAUCCGGGGGCAACGCCUCGGCUUCCGGAUCUGCUUUCCCCGCAGCCUUGCGUGACUUUGAGAUGUCGGGCAACAUGAGCGACGACAUGAAGGAGAUCACCAACUGUGUGCGGCAGGCCAUGCGCUCCGGCUCCCUGGAGAGGAAGGUGAAGAGCACAUCCAGCCAGACGGUGGGCGUGGCCAGCGUGGGCACGCAGACCAUUCGGACGGUCAGCGUGGGCCUGCAGACUGACCCACCCCGCAGCAGCCUCCAUAGCAAGAGCUGGUCCCCCCGCAGCUCCUCGCUCAUGUCAGUGCGCAGCAAGCAGAUCUCCUCCUCCCUGGACAAGGUCCAUUCGCGCAUCGAGCGGCCAUGCUGCUCGCCUAAGUACGGCUCCCCCAAGCUCCAGAGGCGAUCGGUGUCCAAGCUGGACAGCACCAAGGACCGCAGCUUGUGGAACCUGCACCAAGGCAAGCAGAACGGCUCGGCCUGGGCCCGCUCCACCACCACACGGGAUAGCCCCGUGCUGAGGAACAUCAACGAUGGGCUGUCCAGCCUCUUCAGCGUGGUGGAGCACUCGGGGAGCACGGAAUCUGUCUGGAAACUGGGCAUGUCUGAGGCCCGAACCAAGCCCGAGCCUCCCAAGUACGGCAUUGUGCAGGAGUUCUUCCGGAACGUGUGUGGCCGGGCCCCGAGCCCCACCACCGCAGCGGGAGAGGAGAGUUCCAAGAGACCAGAGCCUCUUUCCCCAGCCAGCUACCAUCAGCCUGAGGGUGUAGCCAGGAUUCUGAAUAAGAAGGCAGCCAAGGCAGGCGGUAGUGAAGAGGUCAGACCCACCAUGCUCUCCCAGGUGGGGAAGGAUGGUGUCCUUCGGGAUGGAGAUGGCGCCUUGAUCCUCUCCAGUGAGGAUGCUGUUUGUGACUGUAGUGCCCAGUCGCUCGCCUCCUGCUUCGUCCGGCCAUCCCGCAACACCAUCCGACAUUCUCCUUCCAAGUGCAGACUGCACCCUUCAGAGUCGGGCUGGGGCGGGGAGGAGAGGGCAGCCCCACAGUGAGUCCCAGGGCAUCUAAGCUCCCGCCUCAAGCAGCCCAGACCCUGGAGAUGAGACAAGGGGUCACGUCCUCAGCCUCACUCUGCCCAGGAGGAACAGCAGCUGUACCACUGCCAGAGAAGAGCUUUUCAAGGUAAAGCAGGGUGUCCCGCUGACUGCUGGGAGGUGACCUCUGAUUUCCAGGGGAAGGCAGUGAGCAGGAGAAAGACCAAACCUGGGUCAUCAGGGCUCUGAGCCUCAAAAGCACCUGAAGCGCUCCACAAGUCAUCUCUGGAUCCUAAAGGGGGCCUGGUACCACCCACACCGCUUCUUAGAAGGAUCUAGAAAAGGAGGGAUUUCUGGCCAGGAAUGGGGCUCACAGAGAUGGGCCCUACCUGACCACAUGUGGAGAAGCCGCCGAGAAGACUGGGUUUUGCUUAGGGCCCAGCUUGCCGCUCCUGAGGAGUGGGUGGGCUGAGCGGCAUCACCAUCACUUCUUGCUUCCUCCUCCCAGCUCUGCUGAUCCGGUUGCUAGGCCUUCUUGGAGCAGGGAAGGGGGAUAUGAUAGAGCGGAAGCCAGGGCCAAGUACACUUGGAAUCCUGGAGCCCUGGAUCCCCCUCCUGUACCCACAUGUAACAAGAACUGGGAGGCAGGGAGGAGUGUGUAAGGUUCAGAAUUGGAGGCCAGGAGAGCUGGCUCCCUUGUCAAGGUGACUUGAAAACCCGACUUUCAUAGGAGACUCCAUGAGAACAGAAAUGGGUAGGGUCCAUCUCAACACCUGACGCAGAGGUAAAAGCCUACAUGGCAUGCCUUGAUCCCUAGGGCCUCUUUCUUGGUAGCAGGAAUGGGUGCCACAAUCCUGCAGCAAGUCGGGGGCAGCAAUGCUCCCUGGGAGAGACUCGAUUGGUCAGGUCAGGCCAGAGAAAAGCGCCAAAAGGCCAGUGUCCCAGGACACAGCCCAAGACAAGGGCCUACAAACAUUUCUUGCCUAGGUUGUUUAUUUGAGUUUUUCAUACUAUAAAUAUUUAAGGUGAUUUACUUUAUUUUAAUAAUUUAACUUACCAGCCCCCCACCCCCAAAAGCCCUUAAGGUAAUUUAUUAGAGGUUUUCUUGCCGCUGGGACAUUGUGGGGCUUGUGACACCGUGGAGUCCCCCACCUAGCUGAGGCUGCUCAGCACCAGGCUCAGAUGGCCUGGUUUCGUCAGAAGGGCCCUUGGCAGACCUGGGGCUCUGCACCUUGUGACCCCAGUGCCACUGGCCAUUUAGUCUCAGAUCACUACAUUUUACUCAUCACCUGGUACUUGGCCUGGCCUCUACAGGCCAGACUGUAAAUACUUCAGACAAAGCGUAGGCCAGAAUGAUGUCACCACUCCCCAGACACCCUCCAUGAUCCUUCUCACCCCUCCCGUCCCUCCAACACCUUUUCUCCCGAGUCAAACAAAGAUGACCGGAGCUGCGAGCACAGCGACCCUCCACGUUCGCCACGUGGGACCUCACAGGAAAACAGGAUGGACUUGUAGAAUGUUGUCUACCGCAGCUUUGCACAUGGAUCUGAGAGUGUCUACCAGCCCUUCUCUUAGCCUUAUAGCCACUUGCGGCUCUUCUUCUAGCCCCAGCUCCACUGCCUGCCCCUUCCUGCGCCCCUAGGAGUCGCCUGAGCCACACCAGUGUAACUCAGACCACAGUAUCGGGAGCUCACAUGCCUCCCCUUGGUGCCAAUGAACCAAUUUCAGUUGUGCUCGGGAUGUGCUGCCCUCCGGUUCCUGGCUGGGGAUCUGGACUCAUCUAAGGAUGGAUUGGUGUCGUGCCGAGUUCCCCAUCAGAAAGGCAGAGAGCCAGCUGCACAGCGCGUUUCCUCCAGACGAGGGAGAUGCCUCCACGCUCCCACCUACCAGUUUCCAGGCUACCUUUUUUGGGGACACCUGGAACAGUUACCCAAAGCCCCACGACCCCAUUCCCUAUGGGCAGUAUACCAGGGUCAGUCCAUCCCACCAGCUGUUGCCUCGUGUCCUAGUGACUUGCAUGGGCAGAGUCAGCAGGCCAGUGGACCUUGGGCCGGGUCCCUCCAGGAUGCUACUGCUCUCCUCCAAGAGGUCAGAGGCCCCUCUAAGGUUAUCUCCAGCUGAGGGGACCACGCCAGGCCACAAGCCACCAGAGGCCUUCUGCCACCUCCCAGAGCUGCUGAGAGCCAGGGAGGCUUGAAGAAAAGUCCCCAUAGACCUGAACCCCAGGGCUUAGGGGCCACUCAGCCUUACCAUCGUCUCCCAUCUGGGUCGUUUUGCGUUUCCGCUGUCUCAGCACCUGGCCCCCCCAUGGCCCCCAGCAGGUGUUGCAAGCUCCAAGUCUUGGUUUUCAGUCCCUGUUUCUAACUCUUGCUUUGCCACUGUGCAAGGCUCUUGUCACUGUCCCCAUAGAAGCCCCCGGACAUAGGGCUUGAUGGGGUUGAACAUGUUACAUGUAAAUAUUGGUUUGGUUUGAUCUUUAGCAUUUUACUUGGUAACUGGUUCUGUUUUCUUUUUUGGGGGGUGGAAGGGUUGGUAUGAAAAUCUCUCUACUCUUUCGAAAUGUAAUUUCUAAGUUUGUUUGUUUCUUCAAAUGCCUUUUAUGUCUUGGUAACAUUCCCAAAGCAGAAAACUGCCUGGCCUACAUGGGGCGCUCCCCUGGAGGCCUGGGGUCAUGGGAAGGAGCACUGCCCUUCCUCCCAAUCCAUCCUCUUUCUGUCCACCUCCGCCUUUCUCCUCCUUUUCCUUCAGCUCUCUACCUCCUUUUUCCCCAUCUCUCUUUCUCUCUUAGCCAAUGUCCCAAGGAACCUUGGGGUCCCCGUCCUCUAAUAGAUUGCCUGGCUUGAGCCCAUAGGGUUGACACAGAUUGGCUGGGGGCAUGAGGGUGAGUUACAUAAUUGAAACUAAGCUAGGUCUCACCUUUUCCCAGGGCUAAACCAAAUUAGACCACCUUGGAGACAAUGGUGAAGGGUUUUGAAAUGAAAUUCAGAGCCCUUGGGACCCCCUGACUGAACAAGGCAUCAGAAUCCAUUUCCUUUGCUCUGUAGCCUUCCUUCCAGUCCUUAUCCAACCAAGGCCUAUUCUCAAAUCGGGCUCUAUCUCUUGGCCUCUCCAGGGAUAGUCAUCUACCAGCUGGCCUCCAGGUGACAAAGUACUCCAAAGACUUGGCCUUCUGGAUACCACUAUGCCACUUAUGAACCUUUCAUGGAUAUAUCCAUCACUCAGCUCACUCAGCUUUGUCUUUUGCCCCAAGACCACCAGGCUCUUCCUCUUCCCCACCCACCCAGAACGGAACCAGUUCCAGACGUAACUGUCCACUAGCUCCCUCUUGUCAUAACAGCCACCCCUCACACCAUCCUCCCUGGAGUACUUCACUGUUUGAAAGUCACAUCCUCAAACCCCUCUCCUCAGGUCUCUCAAGGGCAACUCUUAAGAGGCGGUUUUGACAAGACAGGGCUUAAUGCUCCUUCUGCCAGUGUGAAAACAGAUAAAGUUCUCAUACCGGAGCCUGGAGCCAGGAAGUCAUCACUUUUACAGCUGGACUCUUUCUGUACAAACUCACUGGGACGCUGGCUAGAUUCAGGGCAUCCCAAAUUUGCCACUGCCAAACCCAGAGGCAAGACUUGCAACUCUCUAGACCUUUGUGUUCCAGAGGGUAUCCAGGGACCUGCUACAUCUGAACCUCUGAGAGCAUGUUCAAAGUGCAGAUUCCUAGGCCUGACCAUAACCGUCUGGACAGAGGACCUUCGGGUUUAGCUCUGGGGGAGAUCCUUAAGGACCAGUGACCACAGCGUUUACAUCCACAGGUCCGGCCAUUCGUGGCUCUUGCAUUGUGAGCCAGUGCUCGUGGUGUGGGCUCUUGACAAGAGCCCUGAGCGUUAAGCUGGGAUACUGAGGAUGUGUGUGUGCAUGCGUGUGUGUGUGUGUGUGUGUGUGUGUGUGUGUGCGUGUGUGUGCGUGUGCGUGUGCGUGUGUGUGUGUUGGGGGGGUCCUCAACCAAACUCUGCUUUGAGGAAAUUACCCCAAGGAUUUCCAAAGGACACCCAAACCAGUCUUCCACCUUAGGCAGAUGUUUCAUAAAAUAACAAAGCCAGAAAGCUGAGGCUGAUGGCACAGCCCUUUAAUCCCAGCUACUCAGGAGGCUGAAACAGGAUUGGGUCAAGUUCAAAUCCUGUUUGGGCUACAGCUCAUGGUCGGUCUGGGCAGUUUUCUGAGGCCUUGUCUCAAAAUAAGGAUUUUAGAAAGUGCUAUGUAGCUCAGUGGUAGACACUUACUCCACAUGUGUAAGGCCCUGGGCUCUUUCCCUGGUAUUGGAAGACAAAGAAAACUAGAAAAUCAAAGGGUGAGGAGGACUGGAGACGUAUAUCUCAGUAGUAGAGCACUUGCCCAGCAUAUGAAAAAGGGAAAAACAAUCUUUCCCCAGUCUACCCGCUAUCAUCCCCGUAAUUACAAAUUUAAAUUGUACACCCCCCCCCACCCCCCCGCUUUUUGUUUGUCUGUUUUUGUUUUUAGACACGACUGUGCUAUGUAUCCCUGGCAAAUCUGGAAAUUGCUAUGUAGACCUUAAACGUGGUAAUUCUGCCUUUGCCUCCCCAAGUUUAAUUAAUUAAUAAUUAAUAGCCAUAUACCAUCAUACACAACCUGAAACUUCAUUCUUGAGUUUCCUGGCAGCCACGGUAAGAGAAGAAGCAUAUCAUGUUUUUAUCAUUUCCCGCAGUCAGUCAUGUGAGCCAUCAGUCAUGUGAGCGAUGAGCAUAUAUGCUCUGAGAGACAAGCUAAUGUGGAGCAUGAGUUCUUUCCUCGAAGACACGGGAGCUGGUUGGUGUUUUACCAAUAAAGCAUGUUUCCCAGGUGACUAUUUAUAAAAUAAUAAACUGCCACCAGCUUGAAUGACCUUGGCCAAAUCACAUAGCUAGUCCUUUUGUGCUUCAGUUUCCCCAGCUAUAAAGUGGUGGCUAUGGUAAUGACCAAAUGCACCAUGCCUGCUCAUCCCCCAAGAAAAGCUGAAGCUCUGUACCAAUCUGAAUUAUAUCUGACCGCACUCGUUAUAGCCAUCGAGCCCCUCAGUGCCCUGGCUCCAGUGGUGGCACGUACCUCCUUCUCUCAUUGGCCUUAAAAUAAAUAGAAGGGGACCACAGGAGAAUCUCAACUAAUCCGCUCACAUUUUAAAACGCUGUUGUAGUCCUUUUAAGUGUGUGUGUGUGUGUGUGUGUGUGUGUGUGUGUGUGUGUGUGUGUGUGUGCUGGGAAUGAGACUGAGCAUGUGAGACAAGCACUUUACCACUCUGCUACAUCUUCAACACCUAAGAGGCUUUUAGAAAAUUAAUUUAUUUUGAGAAAGUGUCUCCUCUGUCAUCAGUUGGCCUCCAACUCACUGUGUAACCAAGGAUGAACUUGAACUCCUGAUCUUCCUCUCUCUCUCUCUCUCUCUCUCUCUCUCUCUUACUAUUCCCCCCCCCCCCCCCCCCCCAUUGGCAUUUGCCAUAACUCCUGACCUUAAGUGUCUUUUGUGAACAUUCACAAUAUUGUGUCACCAGUACUAUUCCCAGAACUUUUUCUUGGCCCCGGACUGAAACUGCACCCCCUCAUAAUAAUUAAUAACUGACCCCUAAACAAUAAUCCCUGCCCCUGCCCCAGGGCUGGAUGACCUCUGCUCUGCUUCCUUCCUCUUUGCACUGGCCUGUUUUAGGUACGUGUGUAGACAGAACCCAGCGUUUAUCCAUCAUGUUUCCCCCCUGCGUGCUUUACACGUCGAGAAGGGAGUGGCUUGUCCAAGGCCUCGCAGCAAGGCAGAGGCACAGCCACCAGCGCAUCCAGGGCUCCUGACUCCUGGAAGAUUCCACACAUAGUGCAUGAAGCAUGCUGGGGGAGGGGGUCGGCUGACUCCCCGUCUUCCCACCUCACACCCACCCCUCCAUCAUCAUCCAGAGCUUCCCCACAUAGCUUCCACUUCUUAGCUGGUUUCUGCCACCCGGUGAAGCAAUCCUAGCCUAGAACCAGGUUUUCUUCUCUGGGACCCUGGGAUUUCUGUAGCACCAGCCCUCAGCCCUCCUGUAUCCUCUGGUACACUCUUCCCUCUUUUGUAUGGAAUUUUGUCUGACCUGGAAAUCCCCUCCCUGUCCCUACAAACUCACAUCCCCACCCCCAUCAGGGGAUUGCCCUGUCCAGUUUUUCUUCCAAUUCCAAGGUUUUCUCUCAGAUCUGGAGUUAUCCAGUCUUGUGUUUAUUUUGUAUUUUUUCCUCACUAGAGGCAUCCCCUUUGUUCCGUGCAUCAUGCAAUGCCACCUCUUCCAGCCUCCUCAUCAGACUCACCCCAGCCCAGAACACCCCCAGUCCCAUCCCACUCUCUGGCUGCUGCCUUCCCUGCUCCUCCCAGUAGCAGCCAGGUCACCUUCCUCUGGGAGGAUGCAUAGUGGACAUGGACCCAAUGUUCACUUUUGGGUCUUCUCUUCCCUCUCCCCGCUCUUGGUGGCCUUGGUAUAAAGCAGAAGGUUGACUUCUCUUUCUUUGGUUUUGUGUCCCUCUGUCCAUCCUGUCCCAUCUGUCCAUCCCUAGCCUUCACCUCCCAGCUCGUCUUGGCAGACCCUCACCCUUUUGAACCAACAGCAUUUGCAGUUUGCAGAAUCCACAGACCCAGGAAAGGGGGCUGAGGGCAUGAUCCUGGGCCCCCGUCCCCGCUCAGGGCUCCUCUACUGUCUGACCACUUUCCUUCCUCACCCUCCUGGGAACCUUCUCUUCCCUUUGUCUACCCCAUUGAUUCUGUGCCCACCCCCCUUUCCUACCCUUCACCAGCUCCCUGGACCUUAGGGAAGAUUCUUCGGUUUCCUCUGAAAAUCCUGGAAGACUGAGGCAGUCAGAGUCUGGAUUACUUGUCACACCACAUCCAAAGCCACCGUUGCCACUUCUGUCAAGAGAGACCUCAGCUGGCAGUCUGGAAACCUAUCCCAAGUUUUAUGGUCCUCCCAGGAGCACCAGGAUGACCCUAUGGGCUUCAAACAUCCUUUGCGUUUUGGGGUCCUGAGGCCUCGACUGGAUCCUCUGGGCCCUGGCACCCCGGCUCUUCUCUUGGCUCUGCCAUUGAUCUCUGUGCCUUAUUUUACUUCUCUGCACAGGGGGGCUCACCCACCACAACAUCAUUCCUAGCAUCUGUCUAGAUCUUUCGGACCUCUGCAGCUGGGCCUUGCCAACAUGGCUUGCCUUAGGAGUACCAGGUUGCCAAGGCAACUGGGGGCAUCACUGGAGACUAGUGUCUCUCAAACUCUCUCCCAGCAGUAGAGCCCUCACCAGCAAGGUUGACAGAAGUGCAGAUUGUUGGCCCCAUCCAAGACCCCCUGGAGCCAGUCCAGCCAGCUGGGGUUUGAAAGGGCCUCCAGGUCAUUCCGAUGUAGACAAGUUUGCCAACAACGUUGUCCCAUACAGCUGUCCACUCAGCUCGGGCAGUAAUUGGGCCUGGCCUGGGCCAAGAACAAUGGAAAACAACCUGAACUCUAGAUUCAGGGCCUCAGCCCAUCCACCACCCACCCCCACCCUAACCAAACAUCACUGUAGCAUCUCCUAUUUUUGGAAGCUGGGAUGGAGAGACAGCCCUGCAGCUUUCCUAUUACCUCCUUGGUUCCAUUUCCGCCCAGCUCACCAUCCCCCACUAAUUUGGAUUUUGAGGAAAUCUGCGUAGGAGGUCACAGAGGCAGGAGGCAAAAAGGACCCUUUUUUUUGUUUUUCCUCUGGAAUCCUCACCAUUGCCAGAGGGCCUCUAUCCAAAGGGAAGAAACCUGCUGCAAGAAGAGACUCCCCAGCCCCCUCCCCAUCAGCAAGCACUCCCACACCACAUCCUUCUCCUCCCAAUCCCAGGGAGACCAGCAGACAGUGCCAAAACCCAGCUCCAGACCCCAGCACCUGGGAAAGAGCUAGAAACUGCCUCUCCUCCUCAUCCUGCCUCCCCUCCCCCAUCUGGCCAAUACUGUGAAGCCCCUUCCUGCUCAUCCCAGUUUCCUGGGGAGGGUCCUGCAGUCGUGGGCCCUGGGGGACCCCUCAGGAGGGAAGGGACCAAGGGCAUCCUUGGGCCAACUAUCCACCUCCCCCUUCCACUAUUCUCCUCUCCUCCUCCUCCUCCUCCUUCUCCUCCUCUUCCUCCUUCCAUUACCCCCACCCCCCUUUCUGUCUUUAAAGGCUCCUUCCUGGGAUGGAUUGGGUGACAGAGAACAGCAGUCUAGUCCACCAGCUCUCCUCGCCCUGUGUCUUAUUUCAGACAUGAGAACUGUACAGUGUAAACUUACAAAGUGUUUUUAAUGGUUGUAGAUUGGAAAUAAAGUAUGUCAUAUAAACAUU